AUGAAGCUGCUUCCCUCCGCUCUCUUGCUCGCCACUGUCGCGGUCUACGAGACCUGCGCGCGUGGCCUGCAGCACGUCGGCAAGCUCGACUCGAACUACAAGGAUGUGCACCAGCGCGUUGCUGAGCGCAACUCGCGCCUGAUGGCCAACAAGUUUUCCGCCUCGGCGGUGACGGGUGAGCCCAUCCACCUCAACGACAAGACCAAGCCGUUCGCGGUCAACGGCACGGGCGUGCCCGAGAUCGACUUUGACAUUGGCGAGUCGUACGCCGGUCUCAUGCCCAUCAGCAAGGACCCCAACGAGACGCGCAAGCUGUACUUCUGGUACUUCCCCUCCAAGAACCCGCAGGCGAGCAAUGAGAUCAGCAUCUGGAUGAACGGUGGUCCCGGCUGCUCGUCGCUCGAGGGUCUGUCGCAGGAAAACGGCCCCUGGCUCUGGCAAUACGGCACGUACAAGCCCGUACCGAAUCCGUGGACGUGGCAGAAUCUGACCAACAUGGUUUGGGUCGAACAACCCGUGGGUACGGGUUUUUCGCAGGGAAAACCCAACAUUUCGACCGAGGCCGAGCUCGCCGAGCAGUUCAAGGGCUUCUACCGCAACUUUGCCGACACGUUUGACCUGCACAACCGAUCCAUCUACAUCACGGGCGAGAGCUACGCCGGUCAGUAUGUGCCCAACAUCGCCUCGAGCAUGCUCGACGAGAAGAACAAGGAGUACUUCAACGUGUCCGGCAUCAUGAUCUACGACCCUUCCAUCAACGCCGACUCGAUCACCGAGCAGGUUCCCACCGCCGCAUUUGUCGAUUACUGGGGCGGUCUCUUCCCCUUCAACGACACGAUCAAGCAGCAGAUCCGCGACAUGGACGACAAGUGCGGCUACACGGCCUACAUGAACAAGCACCUCACUUUCCCGCCCAAGGGCAAGUUCCCGGACCCUCAUCCCACCACGGACGAGUGCGAUAUCUUCGAUUUUGUGUACGAGAACAUUUUCGACGUCAAUCCUUGCUUUGACAUUUACCAAGUGGCCACUACGUGCCCGAUUCUCUGGGACAUCAACGGAGGACCUGGUUCGGGCGACUACCUGCCUCCUGGUGCCUCGCUCUACUUCAACCGAACCGACGUCAAGAAGGCCAUCAACGCGCCCGUCGACUACCCCUGGUCCGAGUGCUCGACCCAGAACGUCUUUACCACCAAGAGCGGCCUCGACGCUGGUGCGGAGAAGGGCCACCUCAGCUCGACCACUGUGCUUCCGGGCGUCAUUGACCGCGUCGAGAGGACGGUGAUUGGUCACGGUAUGCUCGACAUGGUGCUGCUCAUGAACGGCACUCUGCUUUCGAUCCAGAACAUGACCUGGGGCGGUCAGCAGGGUUUCCAGCAGCCCAUCACCGACGACUUCUACGUUCCCUUCCACAACGACUUCCAGGAGGCAACCCUCGCCGCUUCGGGCAUCAUGGGCAAGACGCGCACCGAGCGAAAGCUCACCUUUGUCACCAUCGACCUCAGUGGCCACAUGGUGCCGCAGUACCAGCCCAGCGCUGCCUACCGCCACAUGGAGUUCCUCCUCGGCCGCAUCCCCAGCCUCUCCAGCCGCGAGCCCUUCACGUUCUUCGACAACGGCCUUGUGGCUCAGAACGGCGCCUUUGCCGACAAGCGCGCCACCUCGGAGGACAAGGCUGCCGAGUUCCAGCGCAAGCAUCUCGAGUACCGUGGCCUCGCCCAGCCCGAGAUCGCCCAGAUCAUCCAGGACUUCCCCUGA